UUGCACCAACACAUAAACAUAACCAUAUAACAAUUGUGACUUUUGAAACUGAAACUAUUGAUAUACCCUUUUACUCUCCUCCACAAAAAUGUGUUCCUUAACCCACAAUGACUUGAAAAGAAUUUUUGAGAAGCUGGACAAGAAUGGCGAUGGAUUAGUGAGCCUUGACGAGUUGAAUUGGCUUCUAGACAAGACAGGAGGCUCCAGCACUAGCCUCCAGGAGCUAGAAGAGCAUGUAGUUGGAAAGAAGAGCCUCAACUUGGAUGAGUUCUUGUUCUUCUACGACUCCAUGUUAAAGAUCAACGACAAUGGCGAAAACGAGGGCGAGGUUGAGGAAGUCGAAAGCGAUCUUGCGAAGGCGUUUGAGGUGUUUGAUUUGAAUGGAGAUGGAUUCAUAAGUAGCCAAGAGCUUGAGUGUGUGUUGAAGAGGCUUGGCUUGUUGGAACAACAGAGUGGGAAUAAGGAUUGCAGGGCAAUGAUUUUAUCCUAUGAUACUAAUUUGGAUGGACAACUCGAUUUUGAGGAGUUUAAGAAUAUGAUGAUGCUUACCACUUCAUAAUAAUCCUUUUGAUUUUGGUAUUUGCUAUAUUAUUGAUGCAUCUAUCGAAAAAAAAAAAAAUACUAUUUAUACACUAAAAAUCAGUCAUAUCAAUAUGUAUUUUAUUUGAAUGACCAAUUCAGUAGUAAAAUUUUGAUGUAUAGAUGAUAUAAUUAAGCCAAAAUUUUUUAAUGCAUUUGGAUAAAGAAUACUUUAUA